AAUGGUACAAGACAAUAAUAUUUCCUAUUUGCGAUCGGUUUCACGACACAUUUAUGACUAAAUACAAAGAGUGUCUUGGAAUCAGUCCAUUACGAUAAUAGGAGAUAAUCCAUUUUCUUUUAAAUAUCUAAAUACUGAGAGCCCGAAAUGCAAAAUUGAGGCAAACGAGUGGUUUAAUGACAUACGCGUUUAAGUAAGUUAUAAUAACAACCGUGAUGACGCAAGCAAGUUUGAAAUAGGCUAGUUCGAUUCGUAAUGAAUAUGAUUUGAAUCUAUUUCCUAGAGAUGAGGUGAUAGCUUUACCACUAUUUUUUCAAGCGUGGUCCAAACAAAUGUAUCGUUGACGCAGAAGGGAUGAUUACUCAGUGAUUUAACUGACUUUUACCGAAGUAGUCUCGAGGAGAAGCCGGGUCAGUUUGUUUUCGAUUGGAGAAACCGUAUUGAACCAGAAUCGCAUAUUAGAAUCCAGUUACGUUUGUUAAGCGAAACUUAGAGAGGACUUGAAGGACACUUGAAAUGGAUAAUCAGGUUGGUGAUGGGGAAAACCGAAUUGUACAUUACAGCUACAACCUCACAACGGAAAAUGAGCAGAAACAGAGACCGAAAUCAUCUGGCAAAGGUUUAUUUAGCAGAUUGACAAGAAAUAGUGCCAUGUUUGGAUCUGAUAGCACCCUUAAUGCGCUCUACCAAGCGGACGACGGGAUGAAAAGAAGUAGAAGCAUUCCUAAUUUUGGGCGAAACAUUCUGGGAGGGAACGAUUUAAAGGAAAGUCCCGAUUCCCCGAAACCUAAGAAUGCGUUUGCCUUCGGUGAGGAAAUGCCGGGCUUUUCAACGGAAACAAUUACGCAGAAUCUCGCAAAGACGGGUAAUAGUUCACAAGAGCUUCGUUCACGCAAGUGUGGGCUUGGUGAUCUAACAAACCGAGGAAUCAUGAGUCAUAAACUCAGAAAGAAAGCAGUCUGUGACUCCUCUGACAAUUUGCAUUAUCAAAGACAAUUUCUUCGAGUUUUAAACAAGAGAUUUUAAGGUACUAUUGUUCUCUGACGAAUAAUCGAAAAGCUGUUUAUACCGAAACCACUUAAAUGCGCGGGUUUUCGGUACAUUUAGCGAGUUUGCAUCUAGAUGCAUCAGAGUAGAAUCAGUUGUUGGUAGUGAACGUAUCUGAGUAAAAGCUAUUUGUAUUUUGAAGCAUUUUGUGUAUCACUCUCAUUAGAGAAAAAGAAAAUGCAACUAAUUGGAGUAUCUCGAUGAUGUUUGUAAAUAGGGAAGCUAAAAGAGGUUCCUUGUAUAAAUAUAAUGAUUUCUGUUAAAAACGCACCGAGUACUUUUUCAAAGAAUCUAUCCUGUACGGAGAAACAAAAUAUUGAGUUGUCACUUGACAUUAAAAACAUGCUAAACUGCA